GAUCGAGGUUACUUUAGUAUUGAGUGUGUUUUGUAUUUGUGGUCAUUGAAAAUCACAUACCCGAAUACAUUAUUCUUACUGCGUGGCAAUCACGAGUGCCGGCAUUUAACAGAGUACUUCACUUUCAAACAAGAAUGUAAGAUUAAAUACUCGGAACGUGUAUAUGAUGCAUGCAUGGAGGCAUUCGACUGUUUACCGCUAGCAGCACUAAUGAAUCAACAAUUUCUGUGUGUCCAUGGCGGUUUGUCACCGGAAAUACAUGAAUUGGAAGAUAUACGUCGUUUGGAUAGAUUUAAGGAGCCACCAGCAUUCGGACCAAUGUGCGAUUUGUUGUGGUCAGAUCCKUUGGARGAUUUYGGWAAYGAGAARAAUUCMGACUUYUACWCRCACAACUCCGUGCGCGGCUGUUCGUAUUUCUACAGUUAUGCAGCGUGCUGUGACUUUUUGCAAAAUAACAAUCUUUUAUCAAUUAUACGUGCACACGAGGCGCAGGACGCCGGCUAUCGCAUGUAUCGCAAAAGUCAAACCACUGGAUUCCCAUCGCUAAUUACCAUCUUCUCGGCACCGAAUUAUUUGGAUGUGUACAACAACAAAGCGGCGGUGUUGAAAUAUGAAAAUAAUGUAAUGAACAUCAGACAGUUCAACUGUUCUCCACAUCCUUACUGGCUUCCCAAUUUCAUGGACGUAUUUACUUGGUCGUUGCCGUUUGUAGGCGAGAAAGUGACUGAGAUGCUGGUGAAUGUAUUGAAUAUUUGCUCGGACGAUGAACUCAUGACCGAGGAGAGUGAAGAGCCCUUGUCCGAUGACGAAGCGGCGUUACGCAAGGAAGUCAUUCGAAAUAAGAUACGUGCCAUCGGUAAAAUGGCACGUGUAUUCUCAGUGUUGCGUGAAGAAUCUGAAUCUGUACUGCAAUUGAAGGGACUCACACCAACGGGUGCACUGCCUUUGGGCGCACUAUCUGGUGGCAAGCAAUCGUUGAAGAAUGCGAUGCAAGGCUUCUCGCCCAAUCACAAGAUCACUUCAUUUGCCGAAGCCAAGGGUUUGGAUGCUGUGAACGAGCGUAUGCCGCCGCGACGCGACUCAACGCCAUCGCCCGCCGAGGAGGGACAAAAAUCGUUGUCGGCUGCCGCUGCAGCAGCGGCGAAUGCCAAUGCCAACGCCAAUGCGAAUGCAAUCAAUGGAUAAUUCUAAGUCCAUAGUGUUUUAUUAGCCAUGUAUGUCUGUAUUUAGCCUAAGCGGCCGAUUGCAACGUUACGUUUAAUAAUAACAUUGUGUUUGUUGUACUACGGGUAAUACAUAUAUACAAGUAAAUGAGCGGUCUAGCCACCCAGUCACGAGUGGCGCAUAUAUUUGAAGAAGCGAUGAAAUGAGCGUAACUCUUAAGUUAAGAAACAAUUCAAAAGUUUUAAAGAAUGAAAUAUCAAAAUACAAAUUGAAUGAAGCGUGGAGUUGUGUCAAAAGUAUAACAGAAGAAGAAUAAGAAGAAAAUAUUAAAUAUAAUUAAAUUAAAUAUAAAUGAAAACAAAAGCAGAAAAAGGGAAAUGAAAGAAGUACAUAGCAAAUUUAAUAAAUAUCUCGUCGUUGUUAUUUCAUCUCGUCCUACUUUCGAUGCAUGGUCGGUCGUAUGCUAAUUUCUUCAAUGUUACUGAAACUGUAAACGCAUGCGUCGGCGAUGCACAAUUGCAUUGGCGAUCCGUGUUAAAACGGUAAUAUGUUGUAUUUCCCGUUAGUAUGUAAUACGAGCAGUUCAAGUGCAUACACGCCCGCCUACACACAUAGCCACAUAGUAUGCAUUUGUGUCGGGCAGGUGGGCGUGUGUGUGGAGGGAACUUCACGCGUUGUUGGCGUCGGCGCCGUGCACACUCAUCUGGUGAUCGUUUUGUGGUCUUAUACGUGCCAUCUUCAGUAUAGUCAUACAUACAUACAUAUGUACAUAUGUAUGUAAUUGCUGCCUUUAUUCGUUCUGUUCGCUCGGUCCGACAUACAUAUACAUAAAUAUUUUAUCUAAGUCAUAUGUGUAUGGAUUUUCCAAAAAUGCCUAACAAUUAGAAGAAUAAACGUACUUGUAAAGCGAUUUAUUGAUUGUAAAAAAAUAUAUAUAUUUUAGUUAAUAUGUAGUUAAAGAAAUAGUAUGUGUACACCCCCGUUAAACUGGCAGGGAUGUUGUUGCUAAAAUUGAUUACAUACAAACAUACGUAGUAUAUACAUAUGUAGUAUCUAUAAGAUACAUAUAUACAAAUUUUCUACUUUCUAGCGCUUGCGGAGCGAAACAGUGCAUACUCUCAUUAUAAGAAGUUUGUCCAACGGCACUCACUACGCUCUAUACAUGUAUAACUGCAUAUUGCCUAACUCUCACACACACACUCUCUCUCUCUCUCUCUAUAUCUAUCUAACUCUCAAUUACUUAGACCGAGCCGAAAAAGAAUCUCGAAAUAAUCAUAAAGCUUAGCAAUUUUUAUUUUGGUAUUUUUAUAAUGAUUACAUGUAAUCUAUAUUGAUCUACAAAUUAAUAUUUACAAAUACUAUACAUAAUAUAAAUAUAUGAAUAAAGAAUGAUUGUUAACCAAUUGUGUGCAGAUCGCAUUAAAAAUUGUUUAGUUAAUUGUUAAUCAAUGAAUAGAGACUAUCAUUUUUUGGUUUUG